GAAAAUUGAAAACCCUAUAAUCCUCCCCAAAGGCCCAAACCUAUCGCCCGUACGAGACUGCGCCGCCGUUGCCGUCUCCUCCUCCGUCCCAUCACUCUCUGCUCGCGCACUCUCACCUGCCCGCGCCGUCUUCGACCGCCACCAAGAUGAACAAGGAGAGGCUCAUGAAGAUGGCCGGCGCCGUCCGCACCGGCGGCAAGGGCACCAUGCGCAGGAAGAAGAAGGCUGUACACAAGACGGUCACCACGGACGACAAGAGGCUGCAGGGCACUCUCAAGAGAGUAGGGGUCAACACCAUCCCUGCAAUCGAGGAGGUGAACAUAUUCAAGGACGAUCUCGUCAUCCAGUUCUUGAACCCCAAAGUGCAAGCUUCCAUCGCAGCAAACACAUGGGUGGUCAGUGGAUCUCCACAGACGAAAAAGCUACAGGAUGUUCUCCCUGGGAUCAUUAACCAGCUUGGCCCUGACAACAUGGAGCACCUGAAGAGGAUUGCCGAGGAGAUGCAGAAGCAGGUGGCUGCUGCCGGUGCGGCAGCACAGGUCAAGGAAGACAACGAUGACGAUGUUCCAGAGCUUGUUCCUGGAGAGACUUUUGAAGAAGUAGCUCAGGAGACAAAAGCCUGAUCAUAGGCUCUAAAUAGUGAAAUGUUACUGCACCAAUGCUGUGAGGUCAUGGUUUUCGUGUGAUGGCACUCUUCUUCCUCCCCUCCUAGGCCAGCCCCAGCCACUCUUUGUGUUCGCUGUUGGAAACUUUUAGUUUCUCCAUCUCAAGCUUUUACCUAAGGUUGUGCAUGUUGAGAUGCCAUG